GGUGAUGCGAUUGACAGCCAUUUCCGAAGCGUUCAGAUUGCAUCUGGUGAGGCUAAUCGUGGUGCGUGGUACGUUUCAUCCGAGAUAAGGUGUAAAAUCUGUUUAUAAAUCGCAUACAAUGGCUCGUGGUCACCAGAAGAUCCAGUCGCAGCAGAAGGCGCAGGAAAAGGCUGCCAAGCUAAAGAAGCAGCAGGGGCACGGGCUGAGCGACCAGAUGAAGGCGGCCCAGAAAGCGCUCGUGUUCUCCUGCGCGGUGUGCAAAUCACAGAUGCCCGACCCGAAAACGUACAAGCAGCACUUUGAAAACAAGCAUCCCAAGAACGAACUCCCGGCCGAGCUGAAGGACGUUUAACAAUCGGACGGGCGCACGCCGGGCGUGAUACAGAUUGGGGAUGCCCGCUUAUCCGAGAGGUUCGAUUCCGUGAAUUGCUUCAACGAUGGUUAGUGUAUGCCGCCGGUUAAAGUCGCUUACGUUUACAUUGAGAUUAUUGCCUCCUGCUUCCGCCGUAUGCUUGCAAAUCAACCGUUAGAGCGCGUUUUAGUUAAUUCAGUGCAAGAGAGCACCCAGAGUUUGCAUGUUUCCUACCCACACGUUCAAUGUAAAUAGAUAGUAAAAGAAAACGGUUUUAAAGCGAUCGUGCAUUUGUUUGUGAGAUACAACUUUUCCUAAGCGCUUUCCACACUACCUGACCACCUCACAACACGACAAGUAUUAAAUAAAGAUAAAUUGUGUAUAUCUUGA